AUGCUUGGUCAUAAGUCGUACAAGCGCUUUGGUCUUUGGCUAGAAUUCUUGCGACCAAGACUGUGCGGUACAAGCCAGUGCAUCGGUGGUAUUGGGCAAAAACUGCUCAGUGUGGAUGGCCAAAGUCCAUACGUGCUAAACGACUGCGAAACGAACCAAAACACUCGCAGUGAUAAUAUCUUUCCUGUUGGGAUUGGCACAGCUCAUUUCUCAAGUUGGCGGUCGUCGCCUAGUUGA